UAAUCAUCACUAACAUCCGGCAUCGAAUUUACCUACAGCAGUCGCAAGUUCAAGUUUUACAAUAUAAGAUGGAUUCAAUUACCUUGUGGUGCCUUCUUUUGCAAAAGUAGCAAAACAGUGAUCGUGUACUUCAAUAAUUGUAAAUUCAAGCAUUUGCACUUUCAUACAAGACCCGUAAACCAACGCCGCUACCUCAACGAUAUACCCAUACUUUUAGUGAUAGGGACACGCUCAACUGCCAUUUGCCAAUCAAAAAAUCAAGAAUGAAGACAAAAGCAGUAGGCUAAUAAGCAGGAAGGAUGAAUAUAAGGUACCAAUGAUAUGAUAUGUGACCAUUGCUUUUGGGCCAUUUCCCCACCUUCCGCGUCCUUUCCCGAAAAGGAGUUGAGCUCUGUGAAGAUAUGCCAUCGAAAGUCUUGUUCUCAGUUGAUAAUUCCAGGGGCAUAUACUAGUUGAGAUCCAUAACCAAGACAGCCUAGAUCUCUCUUCGUGACGAGUGUCUAUUCGACUUUUUACACGUAGCCUGAGAAUGGCAAAUGUAUCGGUUGAUGAACUAGGAUUCUCUCCAAAGCAAGGUGUUAACUGGUCGAACUAUCUCGCCUGCCGUCCUGUAUACCAGGCAUCUUUCUUCGGGCGCAUCUUUGACUAUCAUGCUCAAAAGCCGGAGGCAACAUGGUCCGUAGGCCAUGAUGUUGGGGCCGGUUGCGGGAUUGUCUCCUCCACCCUCGCUGCUCGAUUCAACAGCGUCAUUGUCUCGGAUCCCAACGACGGCUAUGUUACGCUCGCUAAGAAACUUCUUGUUGAAGAAGCAUCGCUCCCAGAAUCCAAGUUCACCUUCCUCCAAGAACCUGCGGAGGAAAGCUCUGUUGAAACCGGGACAGUUGACCUGAUCGCCGCAUGCGAAUGCAUGCAGUGGACUAACCCCAGUGCUGCGAUUAGUGAAUUCAGCAGGCAGCUCAAGGCUGGCGGUACGCUCGCGAUCACCUAUUAUGUCCGUCCAUUGAUUGAUGGAAGCGAACGGGCGCAAGAUGCUUGGAAAGGGGUUUGGGCUACACAUUCUAACAGAGCCCGAGGCGAGGUGUACGACCGUGCUUUUAGGACAGUGAAUACAGCCCUAGAAAACUUGGAAUUUCCUGAAGACAAAUGGCAGGCGGUUAAGAGGGUGUACAUCAAUUCUCGGGGGGACGUCAACGCCUUUGUGAUGAACGACCUAAUAGCCGAGAGGAAGGUCAAGGAAGGGGAAGAGAAAAUCUGGGUAGAGGACGACAAAGAAUGGAUCGACGCAAAAGACAUCGAGUGGUUCAAGGCAUAUCUUGCCACCUGGGUGCCGUCUAUCCCUGAGACCGAAAUGCAGGAAGUUUGGGAUGAGUUGGAGCUUGCUUUAGAUGGCAAAAAGGUCGAAAUCAGAACGCCAGUUGUCAUGAUUUUCGCCACGAAGAAGGCACAGUUUAUAUAACUUUAGCAAUAUAACUAACCACCAAAAAGGGGCUCAGCCGGGAUUUGAACCCAGGACCUCACUCAGUUUCCCUAUGAUAGAGAUGGACAGGAUUGCCCGAAGAGUGCGCGAUAACCACUACGCUACUGAGCCUCUGAAUCCGCUCUUUCCUUGAACCGUACCUAGUCUCUUAGGGGAAACAUCGACGGUGUUAAAAUGGUGGCGUAUAUAUCUUGUCGAGAGGGAGCCCUGGGAGCGAAGACGUAAAGGCAGGUGAGACCUGGAUGGAGCCUACCUAAUGUAAGGAGUGGUCAACUUAACUUCCAAGUGCCUUCCUUGAAUUGAUAGGUAUUGAUGAUUCGGUCAUUGCUUGACCCAAUUCAGUAAAGCCCUUGUUUGAUCUAUAAUUGGUUACCUACUUUAGUGUUAUAUCAUAGCAGUUUCCCUCUGCCUUUGGCGGAUAUUUAUUACGACGUAAGGCAUCGGAUGCUUUACACUCGGAUUAACUUACGUUUCAUUAUAUUUUAAUAGGUAGCAUACGUGGAAACAUAGAUACUGGAAAGUUUUAGUUG